ACAAAGAACUUAUCAUUCUUCAUUUAUUGAAUGACAAAUUUUGCACAUUCAUAUUAUCUACUUUAAGUUGAUGUUGUUCUUUUUUUACUUCCUUCUUCCGUUUAUUUCUCGGAAAUUUACACCAGGUUUCUAGUGCAGGAAAUGGCAAGUCAAGACACAUUAGAUGCCAAACCUGAUCGCAUUGAAGAAACAUCAACAAAAUUGCCAAUUACCAAUGAGACAGAAACCAAAUCAAAUGAAGGAAAAAUAUACCAAAGCCAUUUAGACCAAGAAAAAUAUACAAUUAAAUCAGGAAUAGCUGUUGUGAUCAACAACACAGAAUUUGAUCCCAGAUUAGGUUUAUCUGACCGUUCUGGAAGUGAUGCGGAUGCUUCAUCUCUUUUCCAAAGAUUUAUGGAACUUGGUUUCGAAAGUGAUCUAAUAAACGAUGCCAGUAAGGAUGACUUGGUAGAGAAAUUACAAGAAAUUAUAAAGGACAGAGAACAAUUAUCGAAAACAGACUGUCUGAUCGUAGCUUUGUUGACACAUGGAAAUGAGGACAGCGUGUAUAUGACAGAUAGAUGUAUAAAGAUGAGAUCAAUAAUGAAUUGUUUCAAUGCAGAGAACUGUCCAGAGUUAAUUCUUAAGCCCAAAAUAUUUAUUUUCCAGUGCUCUAGAAAACCCGACUCAAGACAAGGUGAAAAUAUUACUAUUCAGGACACACAUAAAAACAAGGUUACGGCUCCAGAUGCUGAAGAUACAGUUCGUAUUCCUAAUGAAUCCGAUUUCCUUGAAGUUUUUUCUACGUCAAUAGGUGACACAUCAUUCCAUAACACAGAGUCAUCCUCACCAUUUUUACGUCAUUUAAUAGAAGAGCUACAUAACAUCACAGAAAAAGAUGAUAUUUACAGCGUAUUAACAAAAGUAAAUGGCAAAGUGAUGACAUUUGAGCCAGGACAUACGGCGAGUAAAGAUAUGAGACAGAUGCCAUAUUUUGUGUCACACCUUACGAAAGAUUUAUAUCUGAAACAGACAAACUAGACAUAUGUGACUUUCGGUCAGGAUAUCAACAUUCGUUACAUUGGACAAUACAACUCAAACUGUUCAUAUGAUAAAGGAAAUGAAAACCACUUAUUUUGUUUACUAUUACAUAUUAAAAAUAUUAGAUAUAGAUUAUAGUGAUACUCGCAUAUGACAAACUUUUGUUAAAUAAUGCUUUGACAUUUUUCACACUUUAAUGUGUAAAAAGUCUUUAUUUCUUAUGACCGUUACAAGGGUAGUUGUCAUCGCAGUGUAUCAUAUUGCACUACAACUAUUGUUACUAUUUUUCCUCUAUUAAAAGGGUCUACUGAAUGAUUCAAUAAAUAUAAAAGAAAAGAGAGGCUGAUCUUAACGGAC